AUGCCUCCCCUCUCAUCCAUCUCACGGGGAAAAACGUUCCAUUUAGCUGGUCAGAAGAAUGCCAAGAGUCAUUUGAGUGGGGUCCAGCAUACUAAUGCCAACGCGUUGUCUCGCUGUCCUGUGUCCCAGAUAAUCAUGGUGAGCUCUGCGACGCAGACUAUGGAUAUGUCAACUUCGGUGGCUGUAUGUGGGGUCGAAGCUUCUACGGAGGCUCCCCUAAGUGCUCAGGCAUCGGAUUCUUGUGAGCCCUCAGUACCCCCUGACGGGAGUGACCUACAAACCCUCUUUCAGGAAGGCUCCAACAUAAGGCGUCUGCAGCAAGAGGACCCAGAUAUUCGAUCUCUGUUGGAGUGGCUUAGAGCGGGUGAGAGGCCGUCCUCAGUGAGGAUUAAAGGGGCUGGUAAGGCUCUCCGUAUUUUGUGGCACGAGUUUCCUCGCAUGACUAUGAUUGACGGAAUUGUGCACAGGGUUGUUGCCCUGUCUGAUGUGGAACAGACAUGGCAGGUUGUCGUACCAUCGGUUCUGGUGCCGGAGGUCCUGCGUCUUCUUCAUGGUGGGCCCUUGACUGGCCAUUUGGCUGUGGAGCGGACCAUGGCCCGUGUACGCGGGGUGUGCUUCUGGCCUUGUAUGUAUCGUGACAGUGAGCAGUGUUAUGCCUGUCAGAGGCGCAAGGCGCAUGUGCCUCACCAUCGUGCUCCGAUGCGGACGACGUUUGCACAGCGCCCGUUUCAGCGGGUUGCGGCAGACAUAUUGAAGUUGCCGAUCACGUCGAGAGGAAACCGCUAUGUUCUGGUGGUGGAAGACUAUUUCACCAAGUUCGUUAACAUGUAUGCUAUUGUGGACCAGAGGGCUACUACCGUGGCAGAGUGUCUCUUUAACAAUUUCAUCUUGGAGCAUGGUGUUAUGGAGACCCUUCAUACUGACAUGGGGCGACAGUUUGAGUCAGACGUGGAAGACUUCAAAAAGGAGAUGAAAGACGAGUUUGCACAGUUUAAGAUACAGAUUGACCAGCAGUUAGCCACCACUUCGCUAAAGCUACAAGAUCAUGAGCAGAAGCUGGAGGAAAUGGCUGCACGCAUUGACGAGCAGGAGACUUGGGCCGCGGUGGCUAACGAGGCGCUGAGCCGGUCUCUAAAAGAGCAAAGUGCGCUACAGGAUAAAGUGAACGACUUGGAAUCUAGGUCGAGAAGGAACAAUAUGAGAAUCUACGGGGUGCCUGAAGGAGCCGAGGGGAGCUCGGUGAUUCAGUUCGUGGAGGGGCUGCUAGCUAAUGAAAAGCUAAUCAGUGGAGGAACAGAUCCACAGAUACAACGAGCACACCGGUCGCUCGCACCGAGACCGAACCCCAACGCUCCGCCAAGAUCCAUAGUAGUGAACUUCCUUCAGUUCAAAAAACGUAAGGAAUAUAAAGCCAUCAAAGCCGCACUGAAGGAGAGAGGUGUCCGCUUUCAGACUCCAUUCACCCGGAUGCGAAUCCACUGGGACAGUGGACCGCAGAUGUACAACAGUGCGGGAGACGCCGAGAGAGAACUACGCAAAAGGGGCUUCUUUGCUGGCCACACAGAAGAGCACGUUUCGGAGGGCCCAAUAACAUCACAACAACUGGAGCAGACAUCACCUUGGCAUCGCGUGGAGCGCACCCACCGACACUGGGAGAGGGAGGCAGCGAAACGCGCACGAGAACGACUGCAGGAGUUUCAGCGUAAACCCAGACAAUGA